GCCGCCGCUCGUUUCUGGCAGCAUUGGACGGAGGUCUAGUAUUGUGGACACAGCCGACACAGCCCUUAAAAGUAUGGAUAACGUUGUGGACACAGAAAGCUAAGCGUAUAAAAUUGAUUGACAUAAGAAGGAAUAAGGUGUCCGAGUUUCCAAAGUAGAAAUCAACGAUGGACGACAUCAUAGAAUUUAAUUAUGCUGAAAUGCUUCUACACUUAAGUAGUGCCGCUUCAGACGAUCACUUGGGUGCAGAAACAAUAGACGGCGUGCCGAUACGAAAAUUAUUUGUCAGCAAUUUGGCCGAUAGGACAACUUUUAAAGAUUUGCACACCAGCUUUUCUAAAUAUGGAAAUGUUGAGAGUUGCUUCUUGCGUAGAAACCAUGGCAAGAGAAACUAUGCGUUUGUUACGUUUAGCAAAGUGACAGAGGCAAUAAAAGCCAGGUUAGACGGGGGCAGGAAGCAAAUAAGAUUACACAACAGAGAUUUGAGAGUGAUGCCUGCGGACUCUUGGCAUCAGCCUGAUAGCAUAGAACACAAAUUGUACACCAUGGGAAAAGAAUCGAACAAGAGUUCUGAAAAAAAGGUGAAUGAACAAUGUACUCAAGAAUAUCUGCAGAAUGACACAAAUAGAGUGUCCAUUCAUAUACUGAAUGACGAUUGUCUCAGACAUAUUUUUCUAUUUUUGCCAAUUCUAGAUAGAGUUCGUAUAGAAAGAGUUUGCAGGCGUUGGAGAAUUUUAAGCCAAGACUCUUGGCACAUGAUGAAGACACUAGAUCUCUCACCUUUGACAUGGGGUUCCAUGGGAAAUAAAACAAUUUCUACAGCUAUACUUCGCAAAAUAUUGCUCAAAUCUGGCAGGUUUCUCACACGAGUAAAUCUAUCCGAACCGAUACAUAAUUUAUCCCAAAGUACAUUAACUAUCGUUGGAAAGUUGUGUCCCAAUCUUGAAAGCGUUGAUGUUACUGGAUUAACAGUUUGCGCGUCAGGCAUACAAAUGUUAGCGAAAAAUUGUAGGAACAUAACCAAGUUCAAUUUAGGACCAUCGUCAUACAGCUGUGAUAACGAAUUGAAAGAGCUCUUUAAGCUAAAUCAGAACUUGGAGCAUCUUGCGAUAACCAGAAACGGCGUCUUAGGCAAAUGCUUAUUAUGGUUGCCGGCACAAACCGUGCAUACAGUUAUAUUAGAGGGAUGCGAUUAUGUUCAAGAUAGUUGUGUUUCAACAGCAUUGAAGAAGCUGGAAAAUUUAAGACACCUUACAAUAGAUAAUUGCAUUGGUGUAGCAAAACACACAUUCGAAACUAUCAGCAAACACUGUCGAAAUCUAAGAGUAUUAGAGCUUAGUGGCGAUUUUCCUUCCAUGCAAACGGCGGAUAUGUUAUAUUUAACUCACCUUGCCAACCUGCAAGUUCUGAGAAUCACAGAUAAUCCCAAAAUAUUGGAUGAAUUCCUUGCCAGUUUAGUAUAUCAGUGUCAGCAACUUACUUGUAUAGACAUUACAGGUUGCAUCGGUGUGACUGAUACCGGAUUGGCAGCUAUCGCUACAUUAGCGAAGCUGGAAAAAUUAACCAUCAAUAAUUUGGAUUGCGUCACCGACGACGGUUUGCAAAAUAUGUGCAAUUUGAGGGAAAUGCAUUGCCAAAGAUGUCCGCAAAUUAAAGAUCACGGCAUGUCAAUGCUGAUUAAAUCCUCGCCUCAGUUACAAUUGUUGGAUCUCUCCGGAUGCGGAAAUAUUACUCAUGCCACUCUCAAGACUGCCAAGGACGCUUGCAAUGAUCGAUCCAAUAACACGGUAUUGAAGAUGAUUAUUGGAGGGACGUCAAUUUCCCCCGAAUUGGACGGAGAGACGACCCAGCAGUCGUCUCCGCUUUUACAAAUAGUGAAUGUUGAUUUGUCCACAACGCUGAGUGACUACAUGCACGAUAUCGAUGACGAAUAUGAUAUCGAUGACACACAUGAAGCAAAUCUAAUUGAUUCCGUCGAUUUCUGGUCAUCCGAUUUCGAGGAUUAUACAGACUCUUACGGAUCAAAUUUUUCGGGUUCAAAUGGUUGGGAUUCAGAUUCUUCAAAUUUCUAAAAAUUAAAUUAAUUCGACGAAUUUGUUUUGUUCUACGUUAUCAGUUUUCUAUAAUUUAAGCGGAUUUUUUUGUGAAGACAUUGCUAUAACUCAAAAGUGACUUAAGAUGCUUGUUUUUUUGUAAAUAACACUACAGUCAAAUAUUAUGUAAGUUAUUAUUUCAUAAUGUAAUAAAGUUCAGCGAACAAAUAUAAAUUCGUA